AUGAAAUAACAUGCCAAUAACUAUUUUGUUAAGAAAAUAACCAAACCAAUUUCACAAGUUAGUACAAAUUCGGCAGUUACAAGAUCAAAUGAAUUAAAGCCAACUUCUUAUUUAACCUUUAGUAGAAGUAAACAUAGAAGAAAGAAUGAGACAGCUAUUAAAUUACCAGAGUUGCAGCCCAGUUCUGCUCGUGCUAAAACUGAAUAAGAUUAAACAGCCUAAAAUGAAUUCAAAAAAUCAAUUGUCAUUAUUAGUAGAAAACCAAGUGCUACAUUAAUCUCUCAAAGAAUCAAAACUUCACCCUCCAUCUAACUUUGGGAACCAGAAUAGCUAUCAAAACCAACUAUUGAGGAAGUAUAAGAGAUAACUCCGAAAUUCUAUGAUGUUCUUUGUGAGGAGUUGAUAUUAAGUUAAAAGUAGUCUAAAAUCAAAGAGAAAAGUCAUAUAUUUUGUAAGACCAAAUUAAAUGAAUAUGAUAAAUUUUAGGAGAAAAGCUCUAGAAUGAUUAGAAAGAUAAUUCAAUUGCUUAAAACUCAUAGAGAAAGAAAUGAAGAAAGAGAAUUGAAAAGUAAAACUAUGAUUGAAACUUAAAUGGCCAAAUCUAACAUUUUUUUUCAUGCUCACACUUAUUAUUUACCUGAAUAACCUCAUUUUAAUUAGAAAGAGCUACUCUUUCAAUAAUAAUUAUCAGCUAUACCCAAAAGACAUACAAAAUAUAGUUCAUAGUUAACAUUAACUCAUCAAGCUGAAUCAUUUAAACCAAUGAAGAGUUUAAUUGAAGAAAUUAAAGAAAAAUAAUAAGAUCCAAUUAAAUAAGCUUCAAUUUGUCUUGUAUCACCUAAUUGUCAAUCUAAUAAUAAGAAAAAAAUUAAACUAGUAAUUGAGUGCAUAGAAGAAUAGAAAUAUAAUAAGUUAGAGUUUUUAGUACCUGAUUAUAUGGAAGAAGAUUAAUUAGUUUCAGUUCAAAUUAUAAAUAAUGUAGUAGAAUCCAAAGAUACCAAAAAAUCAAAUAUCUAUUCUUUGGUUUCAAAAAAUAUGUUUAGCAAGUAAUCAAAUUUAUUAUAUUAGAAAAAUGAAUUAAAUUUAGAAUCUUAAUGGAUCAAUAAUAGAGGAAUUUAAUUCUGAUAAAGCAACAUAAUUCACUAGAUACUACUUAUAAAAUUAUGUGUUAAAAUGUAUAAAUUAAAAGAAAAUCAAAGAAAAAAAAGAUGCAGAACCUUUAUUGAAUAUAAUGAAAUAAGAUUCAAAAUAAGAACAAUAGAUAUUUAAUUCAAAAACACCUCUGGAUUACUCUAUUAUUGUAAUUAUUAAUUAUAGUUAAGAAAGACUUUUAAACUACCAAGUUUUUUGACAUAAAUAGUGAGAUUUAUAGAUGUAUUGAGCCAUAUGAUUCAUAAGAUUCUAGUAUGAUAUCUGACAAUAGUUUCCUUAAUGAUAAAAGCUAUAUAGAUUUUUCAACAGAUUAGGGAAUUAAACUUAAAUUCCUAAUUGCAUCAAAGUUAAUUGAUCCAUGUGUAAUUAAAGAAAAAUUAAUUAAAUUUAUCAUAUCAACUAUCUCUGAUGAAUCAAAAAAUGUUUUACUUCAUUAAGAAAUUAUGGCUUUUGCAAAUUAAGUUGAAUAAGUCAUUCAUAUAGAUUAUGAUUUACCGCAUCAACCACGUAAAUUAAUAAUAAAUAUACUUAGAUUUGGAAGCUCUAAAUCGACUCUUCCUUCGAAUUAAUAAAAAUGAUAGAAAAAAAUUUCUGAAAUCUUUUUUUAAGAAAUUUGAAAUUAUUAGUAUUGGAUUAUUUGAAGAUUGCUUUAAACAUUAACUUAAUAAUGAAGAGAAAACAUUUGUUAAAUUAUGUUAUCAAUAAUAAAGUAAUAGUUUAACUGAUAAUACUUCUAUAAAAUAUUCCAAUAUGCUGAAAUCUAGACAUUAUAGAGAAACUACUAUAGAAACUAUUCCAAAAUAAUAGACAAACUUAAUGAUAUUAUCUCUGCCUCCUGCUGCUAUAAAAAGUAGAUCAGAAUCUCCUUCUAAUCUUGUAUUUAUUUAUAUUCUAUAAUUAAGAGCGACUCUAGAACAUAGAAAAACAGUCGUUAAAAUUAAUAAGUUCUCAUUAAAAAUAUGUUUAAAAGUAAAUAAUGUUUUUAAUUAAAUUUUAGAACAGUCAUAAAGAUUUUUGCAAGUAUAAACAUCUUCAAAGUUUUAAAUACAAUAAUAAACUCCUUAAGUAUAAAAACUCUCAAUAGUAAAAGAGAAAGAAUAAUAAAAUAUAAAUAAAUAGACAUAGAAAAUUAAUUUGAAUUAAAUUUAAAAUAAUCUAAAAUAAUUAUCAAUGGACCCAUAAUCAUUAUUAUUAAGAAAUAUGAUGAUUCAAAAAACAAAAAAUGAUGAUAAAACUUUACAUGAAAGAAUAUUUCUGAUGGUUUAUGAACAUAGACUUUAAGAUUUAAAAGAAAUUCUUAAAUUAGAAACAUCAAUAGAUUUAAAUUACUAAAAUGAUGAUGGUGACACAAUGCUAAUUUCAGCAUCUUAAUGUGGAGCUGCUUCAAUAGUAGAAUUCUUAAUUAAAAAUGGUGCUGAUGUUUCAAUUCAAAAUGUAUUAUUUUUAUUCAAAAUUAUAUAGUAUAAUGGAUAAACAGCAAUGGAUGUAGCAUUAAAAAACUAUUAAUUCUAAACUGCAGAUAUAAUAUUUAAAUAUCUUUAUCCAGAUAAUAAAAAUUUAUGA